GUGUGUGGAUGUACUUUGGAGCGUUGGCUCAGGUUGUUUGUCAGGUCACUUUGGAAUAAUAAGGAAUCGAAUUUGGAUUGAUAUGGCUCCAUUCAUUCUUGUUCUAUUACCAUGCAUUCUGCCGCAGACCUUUGCAGUCCCGGGAUCAGUGUUCCUAGACGGGGAGAAAGCUGACAGCCUUUUGAGGAGACACAGGCGAGCAAACACAGGACUGUUUGAGGAGUUUCUGAGAGGGAAUGUAGAGAGGGAGUGUAUGGAGGAGACAUGUGUCCUGGAGGAGGCCAGAGAAGCCUUUGAAAAUGACGAAAAGACAAUGGAGUUCUGGGCAAGAUAUGUUGAUGGGGAUCAGUGCAAAUCUUCACCCUGUCAAAACCGAGGCACAUGUGAGGACCAGAUUGGCACAUACACCUGUAACUGUCCACGGGGCUACUUCGGCAAAAACUGUGAAAUAGUGACAGCCAAAACGUGUGAUGUUGAUAAUGGAGGCUGUGAGCAUUUCUGCAUCGCCAUGGACUCUCACGUGACAGCGUGUCAGUGUGCCACCGGUUACAGACUCAAUGAAGACGGACUCACAUGUGAACCUAUAGUUAAGUUUCCUUGCGGCAAAAUCACUAAAACAGCCGUGAGAACCGCGGCCAACUCUGCGCAGUCUUCCAACAAGACAAACAGAUCCACAGCCAGCAUUUCCAAACCGGGCAACUCGACAACCCGUUCAAAUUCUAACGGGAAAGAAGAGAAAAUCCCGCCGUCUCACGUUAAACUCCCUAAAUGGGCAAUCGAUGAGUAUUUGAUGACUCCUGCACCAACCGUAAGUGCUCCAAAAAGCCGUAUUGUUGGUGGCAAUCCAGCUUUACCCGGAGAAAUCCCUUGGCAGGUGGCGCUGGUGGCGCGCUCAACACAGCAGGUGUUUUGCGGAGGCGCUGUUCUUAACCAGUUCUGGGUCAUUACCGCAGCCCACUGUCUGGUAGGGAUACAGAAUGGAUCCUUCUACAUCAGAGUUGGGGAACAUGAUGUCUCCAAGACUGAGGGCACAGAACAGAAUCUGAACGUCACCCGUUUCGUCUCGCAUCCCCUUUAUAACUCCAAAGUAAGCCUCUACAAUCAUGACGUCGCCUUGUUGCGGCUACGCAACCCAAUCCAGUUUACCUUGACCGUACGUCCCAUCUGUCUGGGACCCUUGUUCUUCUCCAACUCACUGCUUCAGUCUGGAUCUCUGGCUACCGUCAGCGGCUGGGGCCGUCUACGCUUUCAAGGCCGAAGUGCGGUGACCCUUCAGAAGGUUGAGCUGCCUUAUGUAGACAGAACGGUGUGUAAGGAGAGCAGCAGCGACCCGGUCACACACUUCAUGUUCUGUGCUGGAUACUCCGACUCUCCUAAAGACGCGUGUCAAGGGGACAGCGGAGGACCUCAUGCCAUGCGCUACCACAACACCUGGUUCCUCACAGGCAUCGUCAGUUGGGGAGAAGAAUGUGCCAAGAAAGGAAAGUACGGUGUUUACACACAGGUUGGUAACUAUUAUCGUUGGAUACAGCACGUCAUGGGCAUUACCAAAGGAGUACUGCUUAAAAAUGUGGACCUAUGAUUUAUAAUUCUCAUUUUAAAAUCUCAUCUGCACACAUGGAAUAUUCAAACCUGUAGAUAAAAAAAAGCACUUGUUUAAUCACCGUUAGAUUUUUCGUAAUUUGUAACAUUGUAGUCACGCUCCGGCCUCAAGAUCUAGCUGACUAAUGAGAUUCCUUCAAUAAACCCUGUGCAGCAUUUGAUCAAU